AUGUCCGUCGCGGAUCUGCUUCGAGAUUUCCUGAGCGUCCAGGCGGAUCGCGCGCGGAUCUACCACGCUUUCGAAGGCGCGUUCGCGGACAACCUAUCAGGAGCCUCGCCGGAUUCCGCCUUCCACCGCGCAUGCCAGGGCAUAACGGCCGACUUCACGCGCUGCUCGCUCAAGGUGCGCGAGGUGGAGGCGCAGCUGCGGGCGGAGGGCGUGGGGCGCGCGGACCUGGCGGACGUUGUGCGGCGCGUGCAGGAGCAGGAGCGGGAGAAGCUGCACCUGACGGCCGUGCAUCACGUGCUGCGCAAGUCCCUCCGCCCGUCCGACCGCCCGCGUGCUGAAAUCGCCUCUUUUCUGCCUCAGCGGCACCCAGGCCACGCGCAUCCUCUGCAGCAGCUGCAGCCACUGGAAGAGCAGCAGGGACGGCAGCAGAGCGAGGGGCGAUGCGCAGGGGCUUGUGAGCACGACGGCGAUGCCAGUGGUGGUGCCAAUGGUGCUGCCAAUGGUGGUGCAGAUAGUGAUGUACGGAUGCAAGAUGGUGAGCAGCAGCAGGGCAGUGAGGAGCAGGCAGGUGUGGGCGGCGGGCAGCAGGCAGCAGCAGAAAGCCCACGGAGAGUAGCACACAGGGACACACAGAGCUUGACUCUCAGGUCCCACGGUGAUGCAGAAACAGACAAGGGUGUCGCUAUUGCACCGUCCAAUGGUGCUGAUGCCCACAUCACCCGCGAGCUGGCGCUUCCCUCACUGGCCUCUCCUCACGCCCCUGUUCCAACCAGCAUCCCCGCCUCCUCCCAAGCCCCUGCACAAGCCCCCACUCAAAUCCCAAGUCAAGCCCAGUCACAUGCUCCUGCAGGUGGCCCUACCGCAGACCCCUCUCCUUCAGGGCGUGCAGGUGGUGGCCAGGGGCUGCCAGGCAUGGCUGCGCCCCUCCAGGGGAUCCCACCUGAUGCCGCUGCUGCCGCCUUCACUGCUGCACGCAGGGCAGGCGGGUGCGGGUGCGGCCACAGCAGCAGCAGUAGCAACGCUGCGGGUGGUGGCACGGGCAGUGGUGCGGAGGGGCAUGGGGAUGGGGACGAGGACGGGGAGGGCGAGUGGGAGGAGCAGUGCGCGGUGGCGCGCCUAGAUGCAGAGUAUGACGCCGCGGUGGCGCAGGUGAGGCAGGCGCUGGCGCGCAUAGUGGGGGACAUCAAUGACGCGCUGGAGGAGGUGCGGUAUGAGCUGGCGGAGCUGGUGGGGGAAGCUGAGGAUGCUGCUUAG